UAUAAGUCCCCACUCUAAAUAAAUAUCCAUUAUUCUCCUUACGGUUCUUCUUACUUUGGAAUAUUCACAACCACUCUUCAGUACGUAAGUGAGAGGAGCAAAACCUAAGAAACAGGACACGUUGCAUUGCGCAGGAUGGGGAGAGACGGUGAGAUUGACGGCGGAGUGCGGCGGAGAGGAUGCACGUUCAGGCGGAACGACUUCUUCCCGGAGGAGUCGUUCAAGAGUUGGGGAAACUACGCUCGAGCGGUGCUGGAGACGCCGUGGAGGCUGAAGGAUCGUGUGGUGACGCGAUCGGAGGACCAGACGGAGUUGGUGGAGAUGAAGGCUCGUAGCAACCACGAGAUGAAGAAAACGCUGAACUGGUGGGACCUCAUGUGGUUCGGAAUCGGUGCCGUCAUUGGCUCCGGCAUAUUCGUCCUCACUGGCCUCGAGGCAAGGACGGCGGUCGGACCCGCCGUCGUGCUCUCCUACGUCGUUUCCGGCGUCUCCGCCUUGUUCUCGGUGUUCUGCUACACCGAGUUCGCCGUCGAAAUUCCCGUCGCAGGCGGAUCAUUUGCGUACUUAAGAGUCGAACUGGGAGACUUUGUGGCCUACAUAGCUGCCGGAAACAUCCUCCUCGAGUAUGUAAUAGGCGGCGCUGCUGUGGCUCGGUCAUGGACCUCUUAUUUCGCCACCCUUUGUGGCAAACACCCUGAUGACUUUCGUAUAAUAGCCCACAACAUGAACCCCAACUAUGGCCAUCUUGACCCUAUAGCCAUUGGAGUCCUCAUAGCCAUAACUAUCCUUGCAGUGUACAGCACCAAAGGCUCUUCCAUCUUCAACUUCAUUGCCACAAUCUUUCACUUAAUUGUCAUUGUCUUCAUCAUCAUCGCAGGCCUCACCAAGGCCAACACCGAAAACUACGCCAACUUUACUCCUUUUGGAGUUCGUGGUGUGUUCAAAGCUUCAGCUGUUCUUUUCUUCGCUUAUGUGGGCUUUGAUGCUGUCUCAACCAUGGCCGAAGAAACAAAGAACCCUGCCAGGGACAUUCCCAUUGGUCUUGUGGGCUCAAUGGUAAUUACCACCUUGGCAUAUUGCUUGCUAGCAGUGACACUAUGCCUCAUGCAAAACUACACUGACAUUGACAAGGAUGCUCCCUACUCUGUUGCGUUUAGUGCUGUGGGAAUGGAUUGGGCUAAGUACAUUGUUGCAUUUGGGGCUUUGAAGGGAAUGACCACUGUGUUAUUGGUGAGUGCAGUGGGUCAAGCUCGUUACCUAACCCACAUUGCACGUACCCACAUGAUGCCCCCAUGGUUUGCUCAUGUUGAUGAGAGAACUGGGACACCCAUGAAUGCCACAAUCUCAAUGCUUGCAGCUACAGCUGUGAUUGCUUUCUUCACUGAUCUUCGAAUUCUCUCCAACCUUUUGUCAAUUUCUACUCUUUUCAUCUUUAUGCUUGUGGCUUUAGCGCUUCUAGUGCGGCGCUAUUAUUCAAGUGGGUUAACCACAAAAGAGAACCAAGUGAAGCUCAUUGUGUGCCUUAUGCUGAUUUUGGGGUCUUCAUGUGCUAUUUCUGCAUACUGGGCAAGCAGUGAUGGUUGGGUUGGGUAUGCAGUUUCUGUGCCGUUGUGGAUUUUAGGGACUGGGGGUCUUUGGCUUUUUGUUCCACAGGCAAAGCAACCGAAACUUUGGGGGGUGCCUUUGGUUCCAUGGCUACCUUCUUUAUCUAUUGCUAUUAACAUAUUCCUUCUUGGCUCUAUUGAUAAAGAUUCAUUUAUCAGGUUUGGGGUCUGGACAGGGUUUCUCUUGGUAUACUAUGUGCUAUUGGGGUUACAUGCUUCUUAUGACACGGCAAAAGUGUUCGAGAGCAAGAAAAGUUCUGUGGAUGUUGACAAGCAGUGGAAUAAGGUGGAAGAAGGAGCAAAAGGGGAAGUAUCUCUUACAGCAGUUUCAAAUGAUUGAAGUGUAAAAAGGUUGUUGUAACUAGACAAUAGGCUUCUGCAAAUAAUAUCUUACGGUUAUAAUAUUCUAAUUAGUUGAUGUGUGUAUUCGUCGAAAACAAAGUUGUGGGACGUGUGAAUACGUUUGUUAUUUGUGAUGCUAAAUUAAGUGUAGAGUGUUCCAUACAUACGCCUUUUAA